AUGGUGGCGUUUGUGGUACACACGCUCGCCUUAGUCGCAUCGGUGAUGGUUCUUUAUUGGUCAAUCAGUUACAGAGGUGGAUUUGCAUGGGAGUCUACGAACAAGAACCUCAUCUUUAAUCUUCAUCCUGUUUUGAUGCUCAUCGGCUUAAUAAUUCUGGGAGGCGAAGCAAUUAUAAGUUACAAAUGGCUUCGAAAUGAGAAACAAAAGAAGAAAAAGAUCCACCUUGUCCUCCACGCCAUUGCUCUGAUUCUCGGAAUAUGGGGGAUAUGUGCUGCUUUCAAGAACCAUAACGAGUCACACAUCCCAAAUCUCUAUAGCCUCCAUUCUUGGAUUGGUAUUGGAGUCAUUGUUCUUUAUGCCUUCCAGUGGCAUUAUAGCUUUAUAGUCUUCUUCUUCCCAAGAGGAUCAUCAACUCUUAGAAGCAACUUGCUUCCAUGGCACGCGUUUCUAGGCCUCUUUGUUUAUGUUCUUGCCGUUGGAAACUCGGCUUUAGGGUUUCUUGAGAAACUCACUUUCAUGGAAAAUUCAGGGCUUGACAAAUUUGGAUCAGAAGCGUUUCUAGUCAAUUUCAUGGCUAUUGUCACAAUUCUCUUUGGUACUUUUGUGAUACUCACUGUUUCUGCCAAGCCAGCUGAUCCUUCCUCUGAUGAAUAUAACUAUACCUACUCAGCUAUCUGA